AUGAAAAUUUCUAUAAAUAGGAAUGGGGUUUCAUUAGUGAAUAAACAAGUUGUACAGAUUAAAAAUCUCAUUGAGGUUGUCUUUCAAGAUUAUGAGAAGGAAAAACUUAACGAAAGGAUUGCUAAAUUAUCUGGUGGUGUGGCAGUGGUACAGGUUGGAACUCAAACCGAAAUAGAGCUUAAAGAAAAGAAAGUGAGAGUAGAAGAUGCUCUUAAUGCAACUAAGGCAGCAGUUGAGGAAGGUAUUGUUGUCGGUGGUGGAUGUACUUUGCUAAGACUUGCUUCUAAGGUGGAUGCUAUCAAGGAUUCACUUGAUAAUGAUGAAGAAAAGGUUGGAGCAGAUAUAGUUAAAAGAGCUUUGAGUUACCCUCUAAGAUUAAUGAUUAUAUUUUUCUUGAUAUAGGUGGUCAGAUGUUGCUUGGAGCAUGCAACAUCAGUGGCCAAGACAUUCUUGAUGUCCAAUUGUGUGGUUGUGGAAAUAAAGGAACCCAAGUCCGUGCCUGCUGGGAACCCCGUGGAUAAUUCAGGUUUGCACUUCUAAAUCUAACAUGAUUAG